AUGGGACCCGCUUGCACCGCGAACCCGCUUUCUGAGGAAGAUGCUGAGAAGCCGGAGUAUGUCUUUACCGGCGGCAUCAACGAGGCUAUCGACGAGCUCUUCGCGCGCUCAUCGUCGGGGGGCAGCUGGUACUUGGAGAAGUGUGGGAGGCCGCUGCCCAUGCAGCUGAUGACCAGUUUGUUCACUCUGGACCUUGCAGGUUUGGGGAUGUACGACUUUCCAAUUCUCAAGGAAAUCUACGGCGAGCAGGGGGCAUAUCAGGAUCUCACUUGGCCUACCUUCUUCAGCAUUUUGCCCUCGAUGGUCUUCCUCUUUCUCCAGAACCCGUGUGCUGCCGUAAGCUUCUUCGGAAAGGAGGGGUCGGGUUGGGACCAGGUUUCCGUCUUCUCACUCAUCCCGGCCUUGGACAUGACUGGACGCUGGUCCCGGGCACAGACCGUGCAGACCAUGACGGUCACUGGAAGCGACCCAACAUUCGGCCCUGGCCUCAACAUGUUCGAUCUCUAUUCGAAUGCCAUGUAUGGUUUGCCAAUCUUGCCUAUGCCCAUCGGCUUCGCGAACAAGGAUAUCCCCACCUUCAUGGCACAGACACUUUACGAUGACCGCACUGGCAUGAACAUGGCUCAGGAGUACAAGAGAAACUUUGGGGACAGUGUAAUGGUGACAGCGGUAGGCGGUGGCCACUGCGUCGGGGAGACCUACCACCCAGAGGCUUGGGACAUGCUGCUGGGCUUCCUGCGCGAUGGGACCCGGCCGCAUGACGGCACGAUUACUGGAGCCAGUCCAGUUGUCCGGAUCAACUUCAAGUUCGGAGCUCUGCGCGUGAAGAAGGUUUUCGGGAGCGGCCACUUGCAACAGAUCGCGGCCUCGCUCUCUCGCUCUAGUUUGACGUAG